AUGUCAAUCCGAGCAGCGACGAAACGUCUACCACUAUUGCCUCGCAGCCGUCCCAUCGCAUGCGGCCGCGCAUUUCUCACACUACCCAACGGCAAGAGUCAAACGCUCACAGCGUCGCGGACGCUACCAUACACCCAGGACGAACUGUACAAACUCGUCGCCGACGUCGAUUCGUAUUCGCAGUUUGUGCCAUACUGCGCCCAGUCACGCGUGACGCAGUGGUCAGCGCCCGACGACGCAGGCCGCCAGUGGCCGACGCGGGCGGACCUACACAUUGGCUGGGGUGGUCUCAACGAGCAGUUUACGAGCCGUCUGCGCUGCGUGCCCGGUGUCUCCGUCGAGGCGGUCAGCGGCGACCCGACCGGCGCGUCGUCGGCGCCCAACGCGUCGGCCGUCUUCAAGAGCCUCGUCACGCGCUGGUCGCUGCGUCCGCUCACAGCGCAGCCGUCGCCGGCCACCACCGAGGUGAACCUGAGCAUCAAGUAUCAGUUCACCAACCCGCUAUACGCGGCCGUCAGUGCAGCCGUCUCGGACAAGGUUGCGGCUCUCAUGAUUGAAGCCUUUGAAAAGCGGGCAAAGGAGCAGCUCGGUCACCACCGUCGAGCGUAA